CGCGCCUACACAGGGUCGGUAGAAAAUGGCGAGUCUGUGCAAACGGCAGCAAUGCACAAUCGACAGACGCGGCUUUCGCCAGGAACUAGACUCGUGGCGACACAAACUCAUUCACUGUGUCGGGUUUGAGAGCAUUCUUGAAGGUCUGUUUGGUCCGGAGCUGGUACAAGACUUACAGUUAUUUAAGGAUCGUGAACCUCUUGCUGUGUCUGAUUGGUCCUUUGAUGAAAACUGUAUAUUUUGCUGUUUGAGAAGAAAUAAAGUGAAGGAACAGCUCAGCAGUUUAAACAGUGAUGGGCUUGAAGAUCCACCCAAACCUCUGUUAGCGAAGGACCAGACUUUACUGAUUAAACUCGAAAGACAAGCUGAGGAGUUUCUCAGUGCAGUCCUCAGAAGAAAAGAUGUGCCAAAUUUCUCUGACCCCCACGUACCAGUAGUGGCCCGUGAGAUCCUUCAGGGGAUGAUCCGACAGUUUGCAGCUGAAUAUACCUCAAAGAGCAGCCCUCAGGAGCCUUCAGCCUCUCAGCCGCACUGUGACCAAAGCCUGCCGUGUGCACAGCCUCUCUCUCCUCCGCUCUCCUCGGCUCACAACCUCAACCCAGUGCUCAGCAAACUCCUCAUGAUCGACCAGGACGCCCCUCUGGACCUCACCAUCAAGAAACCCCCAGUGGAGUCCACUGAGCAGGAUGGAGUCCUGGAUCUAUCCAUCAAAAAGAACCGCAACAGCUCCUGCCUUUCUCCCGUCACAUCCACACCUAAAGGGGAGCCCUGGGAGGUACAGAUCGGCAAAGGCAAGGACCUGCAGGCAGCGUCCACACUGGAACAGUUUAUGUCCAAACUGUGUCUGCACCAUCAGAGACAAAUAAUCAGUACUAUUAGUUUCUUACAGACAGAGGUUAAAGCCCUCACACCCUCAAAGUCCUCACAACCAGUCACAUGUCCACAUGAGCCACAAACUUCCUAUUCACCAUGUUUACCCACUCCUACCAGACCAUCGUCUGAGCCCUCUAAAGUGUACUCCAGUCCAGAAGUUAGACCUAAUUCAAGCAUCUGUCCGAAACCAAAACUGCCUGUUACUCCCGUGCCCCCUGCGGCAGCCUCCAAAACUAGCCCUUCACCUACCAACACUUCAACGCCUCCCAUAUCCACACCCACAAUAGAAACUAAAAACAGUGGCCACGGUGAUCAUGCCCCUCUAAAACUAAAAAUUAUGAAGACUGGUAGUGUUAGUGCUGGUAACAAGUUGUCUUGUGUGCUCACCACAGCUAUUUCACCUCAGCUUGAGGACGACAAACUGGGUAACACAAGUUCAGCAGAGAUACAAAGGGCUAGACUUAGUUCUUCCUUUAAAAAGCACAAUGAAUCUAGCCACACACAUCCAGUCAAACAGACGGUGGGACAAGCUGAUGACAGAACAGCAAAACCUAUUUCUUUUCAUGCGACUAUUCCCUCAAAAUCCCCCAGGACUGCCAGAAAGUCCAUCCGACCAUCUACCGAACGCCACAAUGACUUUAAUGACAGAGUUAUUCUAGACCCUGAUCUUGGACAUUGUGAUAUUGUUUAUAUUAACAAACCUAUCACAGAGUGUUUCAAGAAACGCCACAGGGGCAUGGCACCAAGACGCAAUGCUCGAAAAAGUACCAGAGGACUCAUGUAUUCGGAUGAGAUAUGGGAGCUAAAAACAGUUCGAACUCUAGCAGGAAGAGGGAACUGCCCCAAUCCAUUGCUAGACUUCAACAGCUCUGUUACCCCAAAACAGAACCUGUCCAAGCCUGAAGGCGUACCCCCUGUGGAUAUGCCCUGUGCUGGGGAGUGCAGAGAAGCCAUGGAUCAACAGAUCAUUACACAAGAGCCAACUGAGAGUGAGUUAUCAGAGACAGGUCAGGCCAAAGAGACAACAACAAGUGAUGUAGAUGUUAUAGUAGAAACCAGUCAGACAGACCAGUCACAGGUAGUGCAAGAAACUGCUUGUCAGUCACCAGCGGACCAAGCUGAUGAUAUGGACAAGAGUAUAGAGCCAGAUAUAUGUGCAGAAUUGGAGAAGCCCAGUGAAAAUAAAGACAUUACUUCAGAAUUAUUUACAGAAGAAAAGGAAAUUUCCCAAAACACAGAAGAGGAGAGUUCAGUGCAGCCAGUUUUGCCUGACACAAUCUCUGACACUGUGGAGGAUGGUGUUGUAGAAGAAAGCAUUCAACAGAUUUCCUCAGACGAUGUAGAAGUUCUCAAAGAAAAUCCAUUACCAGAAAAAGAAGAACUUUUAGAGGAUAUUGAUAAGGAUAAAAGGAGUGAUGAGCCAAACCAAGAUAUUCAGACGGAGUUUGUUACCACAGAGAGGUCUAUGGAUACAGAAGGGGGUAGUGCAGAAGUCCAGCUAGCAGAGGAACCGGCCACAGAACCGGAAACUACAGCUGUAGAAAACACUAGUGAAACCACUGUAUGUGAAAAGGACAAGAAAGAACGUGACGUGUCCUCAAAAACACUGGAGGAACUGGCAAAUGAAUUGCCCCCUUGGAGAAGAAGGAAGAAUACUCAAAGUUCUGCACCAAAAAGCAUUGAAAAAUCUGAAGAGGUCAUUGUGGGUUUUGUUAGUGGUAGGCCUGUUUCAGCGUCUGAUAGAAGUCUGCGCCGCAGGUCAGUUCAAACUACACCACCCAAAGAAAUGCCAAAACAAAAUAAACGUGGCCAGAAAGUACAAAACAAAAGUGAUGGGAAUUCAAAUACAGUAUCCAGUGAUUUUGUGAAACCGUUGUCUGUGGAGGAAGAACCUGAACCAGCCAAAACAGACCCUUGUCCCUCUGUUCCUCCAGUAACAGAGCCCUCUGACAAGCCCAGUUCCAAACCUAAAAUGUCUGCAGACAAAUCAAAAGUAGACAGAAAAAAGGCAGUUGGACAAAGCACAAUGUCUUUACGUCAUCUUAGGUCCUCUGGGCAAAUUUUAGUUGAAUCUCCUACAACAGUGCCCAUCUCUGUCACUACUACUCCUACUACUAAUACUGCUACAACUACUGAAACAGCUGUUACAAGUCAUCCUUUGGUCAUAGAAUCUAAAGAGUCCUCAAACCCAGUGGCAUCUACCCCACCUUCCGCUCCAUCACAUACAACAGAACAAAUAUCUCCACAAAUUACUGACAAGUCCACACCUCCAGAAACCAGCGUAGAUUCAAAAAUAGAUGAAAAAACAGAGCCAAAUAGCCAGCCUCAAAGUAAAAAAGAAAGCCCGGUCCAGUCCAAACCUAUUCUUAGAUCUGCAAAGGUUGCACCAGAGGAGAGUGAGGCUGAAAAAGCCGAAUAUGUUCAAAGUACCACUGAAAUUACAGUAAAGGGUGAACCUCAGUCUAAGGCAAUGUCUUUGAGAAGUAAACGCACUCUUCAAAAUGAGGUGGAAACUAGCAAGUCUUCAACACAGCCAAAACCCAGUGAAGAAGCCCAACUUGAAAGUUCUUCAAGUGCAGACAGUAGUGGCCCAGUUGCCAAAAAACCUUCAAGAAUGCCUUUGAGAAGUGAAGGCAACAAGGUGGAUCAGUCACUACCAGCAGAGGAAAAGAGGCUAUCAUUAAGAUCACAGAGACAGACUGCUGCUGCUAACAGUCAAAGUGAUGUUCCCUCACAUAUUCGUAUGACUAAACCUCUAGUUCGGCCCACUCCAGUUGCACAAAGUACAUCAAUCGGCAUCGCUUCCACUUCUAAAUCAGAUCCACCCAAAUCGCUCAGCGUCAGGUUCUUGGAGGCAUUGAAUGGUGCACAAAACCAGCAAAUAAUAAAUAACCUUAACUUGAAGUUUGAUAAAAUGCACAAAGGUUGGAUGCAGUUGGACAAGGAAGGCCAACCCACACCCAAACACAAAAACAAGCUGGACAGACAAGCGGCUAUAUGGAAAAGUAAACGCAGAGUUCGAAAACCCAAAAUGAUGGAAACUUCAAAAUACUCUCCAGUGCAAAUGCUCUUCAUGAAAGGUUUUGAUCUCAACACUAUAUGUCGCUGGUUUCUUGAAUCGACUGAAACUAAAUCUUUGGUCAUAGUUAAAAAGGUGAACACUCGCCUUCCAUCAGAAACACAGCUCUGUUUCCAUAGCUCCGGGGCCUCGGGGAGUUCACAAGGCGUCUAUCCAAGUCUGCAGGCCGAACGCUUGAAGAAACAUUUGAAGAAGUUUGCCAUUGCGUCACCUGUCAAAAGUAACCCCAAGACUCAGAAACUCAUUGCCAAAGCAUUAGAACAAGAAUUGGUCAAUGUGGUUAAAGGAAAAGAGAAAAAGGAGGUGGCAAGCGCUAUUGUGAAAAAGCUAACUUCAUCUUCCAAACGUGAACCACAGAAGCCUAAAAGUGGUAAAACUCAAAAUCCAGCCAGUGCAAGGAUUUUAAGGAAAUACUCGAAUAUCCGAGAGAAGCAGGCAAAUGCACGACUAAAAGAGAAGGCAAAAGUAAAGGCCAGCUUGAAAUCAUUCACAAAAGACGCAUCCAAAUCCAAUCAGAAAUCAUUAAAAUCAUCAUCCAGCAAAAAACAAGUGGAUACUGAGUCGAAAUCGGAUAAAAAGAAGACUUCAGCUGAGAAAUCCAAUGAACAGAAGUCAGUAAAACCACCUGCAAAGGAAAAGAGCAGCAAACAGGUGACCAAGGAAGAGGUAAAGAAGGAGUUGCCAAAGAGAACAUCUCAAAGACUAGGGUCACCUCCUGCACCUGAGCUUAAUGUCACUACAGCGCCUAAAAACAAGACAGACAAAAAAGUGGAAGAAAAAAAGCCAGUAGAAACAAUUAAAGCCACGAAAACCAAAGCUGCUAAGGUUCAGAAGGAGUCUCCUGAACGAGCUGAAAGUAAAAGUGCUGAUCCUCCAGAUAUAAAAAAUGAUAGCAAAGUCCCAAACUCGCCUGAUCAGGUUCAGACCAGGUCCCAGCGUAAAGUUGGCACAGCCAGUUCUGUCAAUGCCACUUCCAAAAGUGUUACAAGGAAAUCUGAGAGGGGCAACAAAACCCCAGUCCCAGCAGAGAAGCCUGCUCUCACCCGAAGUGGAGCUCUGAAGCGUUCUGCAAAGAGAAGACAAACAGCAGUGUUACCACGCAGUGCAUCCAAAAAGGCCCAGCUAGAGACCCCUGCAAAACGAACCAGGACAAAAUGACAACAACAAAGAUUUAGUUUGUUUUUAAUUUCAUUUUAUCCUGUUGAUUAUUUAAAACUAACUUUAACUACCUGAAGUUCUCAUUUGUACAAUGAUGAAGUAAAAUUUUUUUGUGCUUUUGCGAAAUACAUUGGGUUAUAUGUUUGGCAAUUAUGGGCUGAUAGAAGAUGCUUGAAGGAGACUGCAGUACCUCCAUGUUUCUGUCUUCCAGGACUUUGACUGUUAUAACCAGGUGCCUUAUCCAAUGAAUAAGUGAAUGUGUUUGUAAAUGUGAAGCAUUUUCUUUUUAAGUAGUUCCCCCUAUUUACUUUAACACUGUGUGCAGGGUAAUUGCUGUUUAUUAAGCAUUUCUGUAGAGCUGUGUUACCCAUUUGUUUUUAAUACGCAACUUCCCAGAGCAUUAAAAUUCGUCAUUAUAGUGACACUUAAUUUGACCAGCUAAUGUGUGUACUUUAUUUUAUGGUUUUACUUUUGUUAGAGGAGUUUUUGUGGUUGGCACAGUUUAUUUCUUACAUGCAUGGUUGUCCUGAAAAAAGCAGAUUUGGAGUAGUGAAGCCUAUGCAAGACUAUGCAUGCUCUGGUAAGGAAGCUGUGUUGGCGUGUGGAGACAAAAAUGAUGAGUGUGGAUAAUGUGAACCAAUAGCAUUAAAGGAAAAGUACUGACCUUUUUAAUUAUUUCAUUUGUUUUUGUUGGUAGCCUAGUCACUUUUUGUGUGUUUUUUCUGUUAUUAAAUGCUCUCAAUGUGAAGUUCCAUAAACAUCAGUAAACUAGAAUUUUAGCAGUGGUUUUUAGUAAUUUCACAUGUAAAUGCAAAAAUUGUCGUAUUUUUUUAAAUGUUAUUUAAGAAGUUGCGGGGCUAAUGUAUUUAGCAAAUCUAAAAGUCCACCAAAUAUCAGACUUGAACAUGUUUAUUCUUUCUAUAGUUGCUAUUUAAAGAUUUUCAUUUUGUAUAUUAGAAAGAAACUGCUUUAUUGGUAACUCCUUAAAUGUGUCAUCUUUGUCAAGACCAUUGUAUUUUUGCUGAACUGAUAUAAAGAUUUUUUUUUUAAUGA